UUUAUUUUCUCUUAUAAAUUAUCAGAAGCGAGAGUUUUAUGAUCGUAAUUUUACAAGUUGUUGGAGAUAAUGGUCACUGAGCCCUUCCAGUGCUGCACAGCUGCACAUAGAAACCAGAUGUUGUUUUACCUGAGGCUUUCUUCUUGAUGCGCUCCGGAAGGACCUUCUUUUGUUAGUUAGGGAAAGAAAUUCUUGGAAGGUUUUCUCGCUGAAAAUAUGCUCUACUCUUCUGCAGAUAUAUCAUUUUCCCUUUGUGUAUGCCUUUCAACAACUCAUUAAUUGAGUAAACAAUGAUACUUCAUCAUUCAUUCCAAAGUAGUUAUGGUUGGCUCACUUAAUUUUAAUUCAUGAUUCCAUUUUACUCAAAAUUAUUUAUCUUCCCAUUUUAUUGUUGAGAACUACUUAAUGUCUGUGUAUUAAAUUAUUACUGCUUUGUUAAAAUUCUUACAAUGGUGUGUUUUCGUAUCUAUACGUGUAAAAUUGUUCUCUUUACAUCUGUUGUGUGGUUUAUGAUUGGAGCCCUUGUUCUUAUGUACUACACUGAGUGCAAUGGUAGUAAUGGUUUAUGUAUAAAAAGAACAGUUGUGAUGAAAUCUUUGAAACAUGAAGACGAAUCUGCAUCAAAGUAUUCUAAAACAAUUAAAGGAAAGUUUGCGAAAUGGGAAGAACCAGAAUACAGAACAAAUCCUGCCCAUUGGGUUGGCGAGUUGGGAAAAGCUGUUUCAAUUCCAAAAGAAGAGGAAGCUCUCAAAAAUGAGAAGUUCAAGUUGAAUCAAUUUAAUUUGCUUGCUAGUGAUCGAAUUGCCUUGAAUAGAAGUCUUUUAGAUGUUCGACUUGAAGGUUGUAGGAAGAAAGAGUAUCCCAAACUCUUACCUACAACUAGUAUUGUUAUUGUUUUUCAUAAUGAAGCAUGGUCUACAUUGCUGCGAACAGUUUAUAGUGUCAUACGCACAUCUCCUUCAUCAUUAAUAGCUGAAAUCAUUUUGGUUGAUGAUGCUAGUGAAAGAGAUUACUUGGGCAGAAAGUUAGAAAAUUAUGUAUCAAAACUUAGCAUUCCAACCAAAGUAAUGCGAACGGGUAAAAGGUCGGGUCUUAUUCGAGCUCGCUUACUUGGUGCUACUGCUACAACUGGACAAGUAAUUACAUUCCUUGAUGCACAUUGUGAGUGUACAAAAGGAUGGCUGGAACCUUUAAUGUCCCGAAUAGCUGAAGACAGGACUCGUGUGGUAUGCCCAAUCAUAGAUGUUAUUAGUGAUGAAACCUUUGAAUAUGUGCCUGCAUCUGAUAUGACUUGGGGUGGUUUCAACUGGAAACUUAACUUUCGUUGGUACAGAGUUCCUCAACGUGAAGUGGAUCGAAGAGGAGGAGAUCGCACACUUCCUUUAAGAACUCCAACAAUGGCUGGAGGAUUAUUUUCCAUCGAUAAAGGGUUCUUUGAAGAACUUGGUAAAUACGAUCAAGGAAUGGACAUUUGGGGAGGAGAAAAUUUAGAGCUCUCAUUUCGGAUAUGGAUGUGUGGUGGCUCACUAGAAAUUGUAACAUGUUCCCACGUGGGACACGUGUUCCGAAAAUCUACACCAUAUACAUUUCCUGGAGGAACAAGUAAAAUUGUUAAUCACAACAAUGCCCGACUUGCUGAGGUGUGGUUAGAUGAAUGGAAAGAAUUUUACUAUGCAAUUAAUCCAGGUGCUAGGACAGCUGAUAUAGGUGAUUUGACUGAAAGAAAGAAACUUCGAAAGGAUUUGAAAUGCAAGAGCUUCAGAUGGUUUUUAGAAAAUAUUUAUCCUGAAUCUCAAAUGCCAUUGGAUUACUACUAUUUGGGAGAGGUCAAAAAUGCUGAGACUGCUAACUGUUUAGAUACUUUUGGUAGAAAAAGUGGUGAAAAUGUAGCAAUGGGAACAUGUCAUGGAUUAGGUGGAAAUCAAGUCUUUGCUUAUACUAAGAGACAGCAAAUAAUGUCUGAUGAUAACUGUUUGGAUGCAGCUUCGAGCGAAGGACCUGUCAAGCUUUUACGCUGCCAUGGAAUGGGUGGGAAUCAAAUGUGGUCGUAUGACAAAGAGGAUGAAACAGUUAUACAUUCUCAAAGUGGGCGCUGCCUCGACAAACCAGACGAUUCUGAUGUCACUCUUCCAACCUUAAAAAAAUGUGAUGGUCGACAGUCACAGAAAUGGAUAAUGAAUAAUAGUUUUAAAUGGCAGGAUUCAUCAUAACAGUUGGAGAGAGAAAAAUUCCUGAAAAAUUAUAUCUGUGAUGAGCAAAGUACAAGACUUUAAUUGGUGCAUUUCUGACUAGAUUGGGAAUAAAUGUGUAUAUAUUGCUCAUUCUACAAUAUGCCAAAUAAAAAUAGGACUCAAGUUCUGUAGCAUGAACUAUACAAAAUGUAAUGUACAUUCCACUCGAUACAACUCAUUGCAGUAUACUGGUAAUGCUGCAAAACUUCUUGCUUUCCACUAAAGGUAUUCGGUAUAUUAAAUUCCACUGUUCCUGAUAUUUUCUAGAAUACUUAUUAUUAAAUCAUUAUUUAUAAAAUGUUAUAGAUAAUUUACCUUUUACAGUAUUUGUGUUAAUAAAAUA